AUGAAGUUCGCAAAAGUACUCGCUCAGGAAGCAGUUCCCGAGUGGAAGAAGAUGUACAUCGACUAUAAUGAACUUAAACGCAUUAUAAAAGAAGUAAUUCAAUCAUACAAAUUCGCUGAUAAAGAAUAUCAUAAGGAUGCCGAACCUGAAUUCCCUACCUCGCUUGGUCCAGAUAUUGAUCUAAAUGCAACGAUACGCGAUAGACUAACGCAUGGAAGAAGGUUCAGCUUGAAGAGUAUGAGUGACGUGGCAGGACCUUUCUUUGCUAAACUGUCAAGGCGGUCUAGCAAAACGGAUAUCAGGUCUAAUGCCCCAUCAUUUUGUCAGAGUUCUAUACAGGAUGAUAUGACAAUGGAAGAGCUAAUACCAAUGUUGAAUGAAAGUGAGCAAAAGUUUUUCUCGCAAUUGGAUAAAGAAUUACAGAAGAUAUGGGAAUUUUACGGAAGUCGCGAAGAUUAUGCUAGUGAAAAACUGAAAGAGUUAAAAAAAGCACACAGACUAUUAAAGCAAGAACGUAAGAAAGGCAAAUUAACCGGCAAGAAACCGGACACAUUCAAGCCGAUGAACAUUCUAAAGCAUCUAAACCUUGAUAAUUAUGAUUAUUAUCCUCCUCCCCACGGUCAACAAUCCGGCAUGGAACAAGCUCGCACAGUUCAAGUUAUCACUGCUGACGGUCAAAAAAAACCAGUACCGAUGAGUUAUGGCAUAGCGAAGAAACGAAUCAAGAUGGGAGUGAUGGAAUUCUACCGAAGCAUACAAAUGCUUAAGAAAUAUGCUCAACUGAAUAGGUUAGGAUUCGAAAAAAUACUUAAAAAAUAUGACAAGAAUACAAGUUGGAAAGCAAGUAACAUCUAUAUGCGCAAAGUAGAUGCGACAAAUUUCAGCAAUCUCAAAACACUCGACCGCAUACUCAAACAAACCGAGAUUUUUUAUGUGUCUAGCUUUUCAGAUGGUGUUAGAAAACAUGCUAUAAAGAGACUACGAAUGCCAGAUAAGGCAAAAUCACACUAUUUCGUUACAUGGCGUGUGGGAAUAUAUCUCGGAAUGGCAAUUAACUUGAUACUUGUAGGAAUCCGCUCAGUUAUGGAUAUAAUAGCAUUUGUCGAUAAAAACAGUAUCGCAGAAUCCUGUCAGAUCAAUCCCGACGCGUCACUAAGCCCGGCUGAGCAGCAGACAUUUUAUAAUUUUUGCAACUAUGACCUGAUACUUCAAAUAUAUGCUGCGGUUGUUGCGCCAAUAGUACUUGGGUUAUUGGUGGGAGUCAAUAUGAUUGCCUGGGCGAAAGCAAAGAUUAAUUAUAGGCUUAUUUUUGAUUUUGAUACUAGAGACAAUAUGGAUCAUAGAGAAUAUUUGGAACUCCGCGUAUGUUUGCCAUUUGUCUAUGGCGUCGAAUUUCGUGAUUUCUUUGUCGCAGAUGAACUGGUUAGUCUUCAAUUUACGUUUUCAUACGUUGCAACUCUCAUUUGUGCACUUAGCAACGAUUGGGAACAAAUCAGUGAAGGUAAAUGCUCUUCGAACAGAAACCCCUGGGCGGUCUUUAUGGCGACCAUACCCGCGUUGCUGCGGUUUGUUCAAUGCUUGCAAAGAUGGGUUAAAACCCAAAGGGCGCACCCUCAUUUGUUAAAUGCGUUGAAAUAUAUUACUAUUGUGAUACCAUAUUGGAUACUAUAUGCGAACACGCAAGACGCACUUGUCUUUUGGUACCUGGUGCAUCUAUUUAAUACUCUCCUUGCAAAUUUCUGGGACUUGGCUAUGGAUUGGGCUUUCCUACGAGUUUGGUAUGUGCCAAAUUACGGACUGCGAGAAGAAUUGGAAUUCAAACACCGUUGGGUCUACUACUUUGCAGUUUGCUCCAACACUUUAAUGAGAUUUGUAUGGAUGGUUGACCGAAAACACAAUGGAAUAAUAACAAUGAGUUUUGCUUUUAUGGAAGUGUUGCGCCGCUUCCAAUGGAAUUUCUUCCGAGUCGAAAAAGAACACGUAUACAACGUCCUCAUCAAGAGAGCGGUCAAAGAUAUUAACAUCCCGUUUGUAGUAACCAAGAACGAUCAAGAAUCAACUGCCAAUCAUCAGGUAGAAACCCAGUUACCACAGUCACCACCAACGCGCCGCGAAUCUUUUGCUUCAUAUCAAACUUCGAACCGUCGGUUCUCUUUACUCUCUCAACAUGUCAGCGACGCGUUAAGCAGCGCAUUCGUCAGGUUCACGCCCCUUCACAAAGGUGCAGACUUUCGCGAUUAUUCUGCCCCCCGUAAACGUAAUUUUGUGGCGUUCCCGGCAACUGACGUUAAUAGCCGUAAAGUAAUGUGGGAAGAGCAAAAUGGAGAGGGAAGCACAGAUAAUGUCAAUAAUGAGUUUUGGUUAUAA